CCUUUUAUCUCUUUCUUUCACAUUAACAAUCUGAUAAAGCAGAUUUAUCCAUGUUCAAAAUAUAUAUCCUUAACACUAAAAACAAAGCUACGGGUGUAUCGAUGUAUUCUUAUUCCUCUAAAUAUUUUUUCAACAAGAUAUAAAGUUUUAAGCAGUAAACAUGCAAGAUUUUACGAGUAUAUUAAACAUUAUAUUUAUUAUAAGUGGUGGUGUGUUGACUUUCGUGAUUUUGUUCAUUUUUGCUAAGAGACAGAUUACAAGGUUUGCCCUGAGGUCCAGGAGAGGCCCUCACGUUCCAAUAGGAACUGAUGCAAAGAAAUGCCUAAAGAAAGAGCUGGAGCGUCGUAUUGAGGCAGUGCCCCGCAUCAUGCAUGAGCCUAGGCUUUUGAGCACGGAGCCUUCGCACUACAUCCUGGAACCACAGCAGCCAUACCACUACAGGUUCCGAGCUGUUGAUGAUGUGAAAACUCUUGAGGAAGAGAUAGCUCGUCAAGACCCAGGUCUGCGGCGGCACCCUCGCGAGUCUCUCAGAGCCUUCCUCCUGUCCUCCCUAGCCGCCCCGCUGGACGGGCGUGGCCAAAAACUGGUGCACCAGUUCUGUGAUACCUACGAGUUUGCCAGGCAUCAUCCAGGAGAGUUCGGGGAAGAUGAAUACACAGCAUAUAGUCGACUGCUCUUGAAGUUACUUGAUGCAGCCCGUUUGUUGAAGAGUGUGGGUACAUGCGUGGUGGUGUCGGGGCGUGGCUCCCCGGUGCGGCGCGCGCGCUUGCUGGACGCGGCGCGCCUGCGGCCCUCCGCCCUCGCCGCCCUGCCCAGGCACAAUAAGUUGCCCGCCGCAUUACAUAAACAUUACACAGCGCUUGAGAACAUGCCAAUAGACUCCAAGUUGGAAGAGGAAGUGAUUCGGGUCCCCGUAAAGAGCCCCACGGAGCCGCUGGUGAAGGCUCCAGCGGACGAGACGGCAGUCUGAGCAAGGCUGCAGCGACACCCUGCUCAAACGCUUUAGAGUGGGGUGACCGUUGCUUAUACAAUGAUAGACAAACUGUGAGUGUUUCGUAGUGGAAAUACUAAUAAAGUGAGUGAUACGGAAUGGAUAUUUCCAACGCAAUCAAUUUUGAACC